GCUGCUGCACACUCUGGGCCUCACUGCUGGAACCAUGCAGUCCCCUUGCUGCUGCCUUCUCUCCCUCCUCCUCUACCUCUUCCUCCUCUCUGGGACAUGGGCAAAUCUAGAUGGGACCUUCACUAUCCGGCUGCUCCAGACCACCACCUUCCAAAACACCUCGUUUGCAGACGUGGAGGGGCUGGGCCUGCUGGAAGACAUCGAACUGGGUUUUCUUGAUAAACACACAUGGUCCAUCCGCUUCUGCCAGCCCUGGGUGCGCCCAGCCCUGCCCCAUGCUGACUGGGACACCAUUGAAAACCUGCUUAAGAUCUAUUGGCACAAGUUCAACUAUCUAAUCAAUGAAGGGGCCAUGCAAAGGGACAUCCCAUACCCCUUUGUUGUUCAGUGCACAGCAGGCUGCAUGCUGUACCCCAACAAAACCUCCCGGGCCUUUGGCUAUGUGGGUUACAAUGGCCAGGAUUUCCUCAGCUUCGACACAAAGAAUUUAACCUGGACCCUCUCCCAGGACACCGAGUUGUCACAGUCUGUCCAGUCAUUUCUCCAGAACUACACUGCACUGGGUGAGCUGGUGGAAGCUCUCUUCAAUGAUACUUGUGUCGAUGACUUGGAGGUGCUCCUGCACUUUGGGAGGGCAGCUCUGGAGAGACAAGAGCUGCCUGUGGCCACGGUCUUUGCCCGCACCCCCAGCCUAGACCAGCUGCUGCUUGUUUGCCAUGUCACUGGCUUCUAUCCCCGUCCCAUCAGCGUGGCCUGGCUGCGGGAUGGCCAGGAGGUGCCUCCGGGCCCAGCGCUCAACACCAGCACCAUCCUGCCCAACGCUGACCUUACCUACCAGCUCCGCAGCAUCCUGGCCGUGGCCCCCCGUGAUGGGCACAGCUAUGUCUGCCGUGUGCGCCACCACAGCCUGGGCACCCGCAGCCUUCUCAUCCCAUGGGGUAGGUGCCACCCAUGGGGGAUGAGAUGGGGGUCCUGCACCACCCUCCCCGACCAGAUGGAGCAAACCCCAGAAUGUUCAUGGCAGCUUCUCCUUAUGUUUCCCAGGGAACUCAGAAGUGGUGCUGAUCACAGGGCUCGUGGCCGGGCUGCUUGCAGCCAUGGUCGUAGCUGCCGUGUCGGUGCUUUGGGUGUGGAGACAAAGAAAGCACCAGCAGAUGGAGGAAUCAGAGUCCAGGAACUCCAUCCUGAGCAAAGAAGCCUAGCUCAGAAGAGAGCAAAUAGUCCCCAUUCCCUCCCACUGCCUACACAGUAACGAGAACUACCUUUUUCUGCUUCACCUAAGUUCUGGGCAUUGCCAAUUGCAAGACUAACUCGGUUCAGAGAUACACAAAAGAAACCUGGUGAGAGAAAUCUGAACUUUUGACUAACCUGAAUCUUCUAAACAAAUGCAAGUGCACAUCUACGACCUUCUCACUUGUUACACAUGAUCAUCUCUUAGCUUGUGGCACUGGCCAGUCCACCCACUAAUGCUGUAGGGCACCUCAAUACCCAGUGGCAAAUUCUCCUGGUUCUGCUUCAGUAAUGCUUUUUUCAGAAGGUGGAAAGCUGUCCCCUUCUACUGUCACUUUCUGGUUGUUUUUGUGGGGUUUUUUUUUCCUAAAAAUUACUAACCAUAUUCCAGAAAUAUUUGUGCUGAGAAUGAACUGUUCCACACAAACUAACAGAACCUGGCCAG